UUGGGGAUCCCCAAACGUGCGUGACGCCAUUUUUAUUUUAGGCGCCAUUGUGGGUUAGCCUGCCUUGAACUAGAUUUGUGCAGCUGAAUCGGGUUGCAUUAUGACAACAUAGCAACUCUAUAAGAACCCUUGAAAUAAACAAUCUGAAAAUUAUAUGAUCAAGGCAUACACAAGAAUAACCAUUACACUUUGUUGGUAAUACAGUGAUGUUUGGACAAAAGCCAAUGGGGUUUGGAGCUGGAUUUGGCGGUGGCACAUCUUCCACAUUUGGAAGUUCGACACCAUUUGGACAAAAUAACAACUCGUUCGGGAACAAGCCAGCUGGAGCUGCUGGAUUUGGAACGCCAGCCUUUGGUUCGACAACGCCAGCCGCAGGAGGCUUGUUUGGCGCCAACAACAACACAAGUACUGGAGGCUUGUUUGGCCAGACUAAUGCAAGCACAUUUGGGAACCAGUCAACAGGAUUCAAUUUUGGCAACACUCCCAGCACAUCAAGUGGAGGGGCUGGAGGGUUGUUUGGACAGACACAGACUCAGUCAGCAGGUGGGCUGUUCUCAACACCACAGUCAACCACGUCAGCUUUUGGAGCAAAGACUCCAGGAUUUGGUGGAUUCGGGACUUCCACCGCUCCUGCCGGGGGAUUGUUUGGCCAGCAGAACCAGGCAAACACAGGGGGGAUGUUGUUUGGUCAGGCUGGGGCAGCAGGGUUUGCUAACAAUGCCAAUGGCACUACAGUCAAGUUCAACCCUCCGAGUGGCCAGGAUACAAUGAUGAAGAAUGGGGUGUCCGCCAGCAUCAAUACGAGACAUCAAUGCAUCACAGCCAUGAAGGAGUAUGACAACAAGUGUCUUGAGGAGCUGAGACUUGAAGACUAUCAGGCCAAUCGGAAAGGCAAGCAGCAGGGUACUGGGGGUGCCGGUGGUGGUUUGUUUGGUUCUACUCCGGCAACGUCCAGCACUGGCUUCUCCUUCGGCCAGCAACCGCAGCAGCAGCAACAGCAACAACAGCAGGCAUCAACAGGCUUUGCCGGUCAGAAUAGCUUUGGUACAAACACAUCUACAGCAAGCACUGGCUUGUUUGGCCAGACCAACCCUCAGGCUAGUGGUGGAAUGUUCGGUCAGAACAAGCCUCUGUUUGGUGGCGCCAGUACCACCACAACUGCCAGUACCACUGGCUUCGGAUUUGGAAAUACCAAUCAAGCAGCAGGGUUGUUUGGACAAAACCAACAGAAUAAGCCUCUGUUUGGCACGGCUACUACUCAGUCCUCUUUGUUUGGUGCCAACACAAGCACGGCGCCAGCAACAUCAUUCAACUUUGGUAACACCGGAGGCUUUGGCACGCAGGCGCCAUCGGCUGGACUGUUUGGUAGCAAGCCUGCGGGAUUUGGAGCAGCUACAACUUCAGCGCCAGGAUUUUUUGGUCAAGGUGGCAAUCUCUUUGCCAAGCCAACAACAACUUCCUCGUUUGGAUUUGGUGGUACGAGUACAGGCACAGCAGGCUUUGGAGGGUUUGGAGGUUUUGGUUCGACAGCAAACACAGGAGGAGCUGGUCUGUUUGGCAACAAGCCAGGUGGUUUUGGAGCGGCUGCAGCCUCCACAUUAGGGGGCCCAACAAACUCCUUCAACUUCGGUCAAACUGGACAGACUGGUGCAGGACUGUUUGGUGCCAACAACAUGAACAAGCCUUCAACCUUUGGCUUCAACUUCAACAGCGGUCAGACUACAGCGUCCACAGGUUUUGGAGGUGUAGUAACUGGCUCCGGCUUCUCACUUGGAGGAAACACCAGCACGCUGGGAACGACAACCAACCCAUCAGCAAGCAACAACCAGCUUCAGCAGCAGCUCUUGGCACUCACCAGCUCACCGUUUGGAGAUUCCCCUCUCUUCUGGAAUCUCAAACAGAACUCUGAAAAAAGGGAGGAAGUUCUUAAACCAACCAACCCUGCUGCCCAGAAAGCUGCCCUGAGUUCUUCCAGUCAGUACAAAGUGAGUCCUCGACCCACGGCCAAGAUCAAGCCCAAGUCACUACACUCACUCAUGAAUGGAAGCAAGUCCCAGUUGUUUGAUGGGCUGGAGGAUGAGGAUUUCAGUUUUGGCAAUGACACGUUCAUGCCUCGUCGAAGUGUGAAGAAACUGACUCUCAAGAAAGUAAAUGGAGACUCUUCCAAUAUGAGCAGAGCCUCAUCACAGACUGAUGAACAGCCAGACCUACAAUCCUUCAGCCAGGACACACCCAGACCUAAACCCAUCACAAGAACACUACAAGCUGACUUAGAUCGUGCGGCCCAGAGCCCGGACACAGAGCCAAUACUACGUACCAAGAGCAUCACAGAACCUACCAGACACUCCCCUAUGAAAGAUACCACCAGUCUGGAUGACACUAUUGCUGCUCUGAAUUCCAAGAACAAAGUUCUGUCAGGGAACAGCCAUUCUGACAUGAACAAAUCUCACAGUGAACAAGAUCCAAAUGUCUCCAUAGAGCCCCAGGCACAGAUGGAAGACUUCGAGCCCCACCCAACUGGGAUCAUCUUGACCAGACCUGGCUACUACACGAGUCCGUCACUAGACAGCCUUGUGGAGUUGAUAGAUGAGAAUGGAGAUUGCUUUGUGGAUGAUUUUACCAUCGGACGAGAAAAUUAUGGCAGUCUCUUCUUCCCUGGUUCAACCAAUGUUGCCAACUUGAAUCUGGAUGAAAUUGUGCACUUCCGGCGUAAGGAGGUGAUAGUGUACCCCGAUGAUGACAAGAAACCCCCUCUUGAGGAGGGGCUCAACAAGAUAGCCGAGGUAACAUUGGACUGUGUCUGGCCCAGUGACAAGUCCACAAGGUCUCCAAUCAAGGACUCUUCCAGAUUGAGGACAAUGGGCUACCAGACGAAAAUUGAAGAGAUCACAGCAAAGAUUGGAGCCAAGUUCAUAGACUACAGACCCGAAACUGGGUCGUGGGUUUUUCAAGUAAAGCACUUUUCUAAAUAUGGUCUUGUUGAUGACUCCGAUGAAGAGGAAGUUUCUGAAUCAGAAAAGAAAAAAUUGAAGCUUGCAAAUGAACAACAACUGCAGAUUCAGAAGUUGAAGAUACAAACUGAAGGCCAGAUGAAGGGGAAGGAGGUCAAAGGUCAAGGGGACAUUGAUUUCCAACUUCAAGGUCUGACUGGUAAACCAGUUUCGCCUCCCAAGGAGGGGUACGAAGCCCAUUACGCCCAGUCAGAGGGUAUGGAUGACUUUGACGAGGAUAUGCCAGAUAUUACCAUGGAGAAGUUCCCUCGAGAUAUGGAAGACUCAGAUGAUGAUAUGAAGGGCAUGACCGACACGCCUUCCUCCCACCGCCUCGCCUCCAGCAUGGGGGUCAGUGCUCACAGCAUGCAGGUCAUGAAGGCUUCCUUCUUUGGAGACGACGACUACCAGGAUGACUUCAAAGGCAAGCUGAGUGGGUUUACAUCCGGCCAGACCUUUCUGAAGCAGCAGGACAAGACAAUGCCAAGUCUGUUCAGCCCCGCACUCAAGUCCAAGUAUGUGAGCCCACUGAGGGUGACGCAGUCUCCAGUACCCCAGGAGAUGCAGAAACAGCCGCCAGGUCUUUUCUCACAAAAGAUAAUAGCCCCAGAAGCUCGCCGUCCCCCUCAGAAUUUUGGCCAUCCUCCACUAGCCGAACACAUGCUGUUGACGAGUGGGCUGAGCCAGAAGGACACACCCAGGAAGAUUGUGGGGUCGCGAGUGAAGAGAGACAUACCCCCUGUCAGUGACUCCCUCAUGUACAAGAAGCAGGAGCUGAUAGUGGACGCAGGCUGCCUGAUGGGCAGGUCAUUCCGUGUGGGCUGGGGGCCUGGCUGGACACUGGUACACAGUGGCCAACCCUCCAACUACAAGGAGAAAGAGGCACCUCGGCAGACACCAUUCUCCCUGUUACCUGGCAUCCAGGGUGGGAAGCCGGUGAGGGCAGGCAGCAAGGCUUGGACUGUGACCUGUGAGAAGAUGGACGUAGCAGAUUACCUCACUGGCAAUGAUAAGACAGUCAUAUCCACCCAUGAGGAGAUGCUGGAUGUGCAGCUGGAGAACUCCCAGCGAGACACGGAUGGGGGCUGCCCACUGUUUGUGCCAUCUCCUGGUGUAGACUCUCUUCAUCAGUAUGCACAGCUGGGAGAGAAGCUCUUAGAGGAGAACAGUGGACAUCCUGAUGAGAGCAGUGUGGAUCAUAUACGGAUGGUGUGGAACCUCUGUGUAGCUCUUUGGGGGAAUCUCCCCGAGUUCAGGUACUCAGACACUGAUGAGUAUGCUGUUAGCCAGGCACGGAGAGAAGCCUUCUCAAAAUGGUUGUCAGAGACAGCCCAGCCUAAGAUCAAGGAAGAAGUGCAGGAGUCCAAGUUCAAGAGUCAAGGUCACUUAAUAGCCAUUUUGAGCUAUUUAAGUGGGAGACAGAUAACUGAUGCAUGUACAUUGGCACAGAAGUCAGGUGAUCACAGAUUGGCGCUCUCAUUGGCUCAAGCAGUCGGCAGCAAUGUUGCUCGGCAGAUGUUGGCCCAGCAGCUGGAGGAGUGGGCAGAGCUUGGGGCAAAUCACUUUAUCGACCAAGUAAGACUGAAGAUCUACUCCCUGCUGUCUGGUCAGCUGGUGUGGUCAUCCAGCACAGCCGUCAACACAUGUGACAACAUGGACUGGAAGCGAGCCCUUGCCUUGCAUCUAUGGUAUCACUGCAAGCCCAACGCAAGCAUAUCUGAAGCCUUGUCCCAGUAUGAAGAUGCCUUCAAAAGCCGCACCUCAUUCGGCAAAUACUCCAACUCCCCACUGCCUCCGUAUCUGGAAGACGAUGACAGUUACGAGGAAGAGGAGGAGGCGAUGGAUGAGCGAGAUGACCAUGUGGUGCGGGACACCUGCUACCACUUGCUCAAGUUGUACUGUCAGAAGGGCCAUAGGCUGGAGAGGAUCCUCAACCCCACCACAUCCACUGCCAACCAGCUGGAUUACCGUCUCAGCUGGCACCUGUACCAGGUGUUACAGUCCAUGUCCUACCAUCACGUCUCCCCCUACCAUGCUGCCUGUCUUCACACCAGCUUUGCGGCACAGCUCGAAGCUCUCCAUCUCUGGCACUGGGCAGUAUUUGCCCUGCUACAUAUUGAAGAUGCACUCAGACGAGAGACUGCAGUAAGAUCAGUAUUAGAGCGCCAUGUGACGCUGUCGAAGAGCCCCAAGUACUUACACAAGGAGGAGUUUGUGAGAGAGAGGCUUCGGGUUCCUCACGCAUGGAUACACCAUGCUAAGGCUAUAAAAGCAAGAUCUGAGAACAAAUACCAUGACGAAGCAUGGCACCUGCUGAAGGCAGCUCAGUGGAAUGAGGGACACAAGGUUAUCUUGGCACACAUAGCUGCUGAUGCUAUCAUUAAUGAGAACUUUGCCUACUUGCGUCGCUACUUGGAAGAGUUGUCUCCCCCCGAGAUUAGUUCUUCGGUGUUAGACUGGUCCACAGGGGGAAAGGUGUUUCUUGACUACAUCAACUUGUGUCAACGAUUAGAGAAUCUCAAGCAGGGAACACCCAGUGCUUAUGAUCUGGAGAGACUUCAACCGGCCGUCACAUCCCUCUGUAACAGGGUGGGCAGCCUGGAGUGCAGGAGUUCCAAGGAGAGACUCUGCCAAUCUGAGAUGGCUAAAAAAUCAGCCAACCUUCUUGGAACUCUACUGACAUUCCAGAGUGCAGGAUCAGCAACAGGGCGCCCUCCGACAAGACUUGUUGCAUCUCACAUCAGUGGUCUACCCAUGCCAGAGGACUACGCCCUUCAGGAGCUCCGAGAGCUGACUCGUAGCCACCUGCUGGAGAUGACCAUGGGCACGUAGGAGCUUCCCUUUUGUAGAUACAAAAAUAUACACAUAUGAAACAGUCCUGAAGAACAAUGGACCUUCUGUUUGGAAAAAAACAAUUUGUAACAUGAUCCAACGUAAUUGACCAGUGCAGAUUGGACUUUCAUGAAGAGCUGCAUGACUCAAGUUCUGGGGAUCAAGGAUGGAUUUGACUACUACUUUCUAGUUCCACACAGGGACAAGAUGCCUGUUUGCAAUCUUAAUUUAAACACUAAGAAAAAUUUUGAGAAAAAAUUAACUGUUUUUAAAAAGCUCAUAAGAUGUCAAUCUGUAAUUACUACAUGGCAAAAAUCCAUGGAACAAUUGUCUUACAAGAAAAGGCCCAAUAUUUGUGGAUCUUUUUGAUCAUGUGCUAAAUCAUUUCACAUUUAUUCUUGUCGUGUAACAAGAGAAGACUUGUUGAAAUGGUGGAAAUGAAUGUUCCUCUAUAUAUAUCAGGUAAACUGUUGUUAGGUGUGUGCAUGUGGAGAAUGAAAGACCAUGACAAGCAAUCAUUUAUGUGUAUUCAUACCAUCAACAUCAUGUUGAUUCAGGGCAUCUCUCAUUCUGUAAUGAGUACGGAGACGGUUCGGUUGCUGCUGAAGCACAACUGCACUUUUACAUACUCCUCAUUGUUUCGAUAUAUGGACAUUGUCAUUGUUGAAUGAAGAGGCUGUAUCCUAUGAAUUAUGACCUUUUACAGACCAAAGUAUGGUGGUAUAAAAAACAAGGUGAUGAUGUAUGCUGGAUGGGAUGUAUCUGGCAAAAUUAUGUUUAUUCACAAUUGCCAUUCCUCAUGUACGAAAAUCAUGUUAAAACAUGUUGGUUUUGUGCAAUGUAUAUAUAUAUACCAAGACAACAGUGACGCAUGUUAUUAAUAAAUGGAAAAGUACUUUUA